AUGCCAUCUCUCCAGGGAGAAGUUUCCUUUUUCGAAGUGGCUACAACUGUUCCAUUCAGUCAUGAACUCUCCAAAAGACACAUUGCACAAACUCAAUGGCCAGCCUUCUGGAUCUCCAUGGCAUACGUUGUCGUUAUUUUUGGAAUCAAAGCUGUCAUGACUAACAAGAAACCAUUUGAUUUGACGGGUCCUCUAAACUAUUGGAAUGCAGCACUUGCCAUUUUCUCCACAUUGGGAUCCAUUGCCACCUCCUUCGGACUUCUUCAUGAAUUCAUCACCCGUGGAUUCUUCGAGUCCUACAUCCACAUCGGAGACUUCUACAACGGUCUCUCUGGAUUCUUCACUUGGCUCUUCGUCCUCUCGAAAGUUGCUGAAUUCGGAGACACUCUCUUCAUUGUUCUCCGUAAGAAGCCAUUGAUGUUCCUCCAUUGGUAUCAUCAUGUUCUCACAAUGAACUACGCUUUCAUGUCAUUCGAAGCGAAUCUUGGAUUCAACACUUGGAUUACAUGGAUGAACUUCUCUGUUCACUCUAUCAUGUACGGAUAUUACAUGCUUCGUUCCUUCGGAGUCAAGAUUCCAGCAUGGAUCGCCAGAAACAUUACAACAAUGCAAAUCCUCCAGUUCAUCAUCACUCAUUUCAUUCUCUUCCAUGUUGGAUACUUGGCAGUCACUGGACAAUCAGUUGAUUCUACUCCAACUUACUAUUGGUUCUGCCUUCUCAUGGAGAUCUCAUACGUCAUCUUAUUCGGAAACUUCUAUUACCAAUCCUACAUCAAGGGAGGUGGCAAGAAGUUCGCCGCCGAGAAGAAGACUGAUAAGAAAGCUGAAUAA